AUGAGCAUCUCAGAACGGGUCAAUCUAUUGCUCCUGAUCGAGUUGGCCGCGGUAGUCAUCGCCGCUUCGGCUUUCUUGUUUUAUUGGAAUCGACUAUUCGGAUCCAUCGUAGCAUACUUCAUUCGACUGUACACCUGGAGGAAUUACAACGCUCAUAUAAUCAUAGGCUCACUUCAGAUUGCACCCAUAGCUGGACGUAUAUCGUUUAGGGAUGUAGAAUAUCACUCCAGUAAUCUCUCGGUCAGAGCCUUGCACGGACACGUCACCUGGAGGUAUUGGAAACUUAGAAUUAGGCAUGAGACAGAUUCUGAAUCUUUUAACCCCAAACGAAACAAAUUGCCAUGUAGGAUUACUGUUUUCGCAGAGGGGGUCGAGGGGUUUGUUUACAAUCGUACACCAGCUUAUGACGCUAUUGUCGAGCGCAUGAAGAAGCAUGAGAGGGACGAGUCCGGUUUCAACGAUAAGAAAUCUCCCCGAACAUCUGAUGAUACCAAUACGGAUAAUGAUUCAACUUUGAGAUCUAGACUGAAGAAGGUGACGAAGUCAUCAGUCACCGGCAGUACAUCUACCAACGCUGCAACAUCGGAGAAUGGACUCGCUGCGCAUCAAUAUCCUCCGGAGUCUGAUCAUCACAAUCUUAAUUUACUCAAGCCAACUGUUAAACCCGCCCCAGAAGGUGUCAAUUGGUUCCGUGAAGCUCUUCCUCUUGACAUUCGGAUAGGUACUGGAUCCAUCGUGUUGGGCAGUGAUGCGACACCCAUGGUUCUCAUUGGUGAUUUCAAGCGGGCAGAAGGUACACUUGAAGUGACAGAUUCCCGUUCCUCGCUUGAUCUGUACAAGAUGUCAGCCAAUCUUAUAUUUCAUCACGCAAGCGUUCUUAUGCGCACCAAUGUUGACUAUUCUGGACCUCUUCUGGCUCAUGGAAAAAAAGUGUAUGACGAAUUGCUGAAAAGAAAGCCUGAUCUGACUUCAAAACCGCCGUCCGCCCUAUCCGUAUUCACAGGUUUCCAACUCUUAUCGAAACAAUUCAAAUUCUUGUAUAAUUCCAAAUUCUCUACUCCUCCAGUAGCUGGUCUACCAACAGACAAGAUUUGGAAAGGACUCGCCCGGUAUCGGGAUCUAGAAGAUGGAGAAACCAAAGGACCGAAGCGCGAGGAAAGGGAAUAUGCCAAGGUCACCAACCUGCUAGAGACUCGUCAGCUUGAAUUCACCUAUUACGCUGACACUCCUGGAUUGGUACCUCAUCCACCUGAAGCGCCUUAUGUCGACGACCAAGACCAGGUCGGGAAUGUUGAUCUUCCGCCAGAGUAUGGCAUAGAUAUUGUCAUUCACAAGGACAGAGAGGCUAUUCAACGAGCUUUUGCCCCUUCCUUGUUCUUCGAUUCUGAACCAAAACCUCGCCUUCGACCGGGAGAUACCCGUAUGCACACCACCUUAAUACUCCAUCUAUCGCUGGAGGAUGAAACUGUCAUGCGUAUUCCUACCCGAGAGCCGUCCAAAGACUGGCAGUUCGACAAUGCUGCAGUAGAUAUGGAGCGAAGAUAUGGCUGGCUAGAUGUCGUAGUAGGACCGAACUCCGCAAUAUCAUACACUCAAGACCAGGUUGCCACUCAGCAAGGAUACGACUCAAUAUUGGUGUUGCAGCUAGAUUCAUUAGGGAUCAGCUCAAGUGUCAAUCUUGAUACUUUCAUAAAGGCGAAGACUUGCAAGGUAAGCCACUUACUCGAGAGAUAUUCGCUGAAUAUUCAGCUAUCCAUGACUAUGCCUACACCUCUGGAAUGGGAUGCGCAACGAGACUGGGGGAUGGAUGUUACGCUCGAUAUGCCCUCAAUCAGUCUGUUGCGGGAUCACGUUACUCUGAUAUCCGAUCUAGCGAAAGAUUGGAGCUCCGGAGCAUCAGUAGGGGAUUACCAUCACUUUGUGCCUAACCAUUACAAUUUCCGAGUUUCUCUCAUCAAUUACGCCUUUCAUCUGUAUAUCAACGACUAUAAUAUUGUUGAUGCUCCAUGGUCUAGGGAUUCUAAUGUCACUUCUACUCAAUAUCGUCCGGAAUUCUCUAUUGUACCAUUUAGUGUCAGCUUGGACGAUGCUAAGGUGGAGUUGUGUGUGCCAAAAUGGGACACACACCGAGCUUUUGGGCCAGACGCUUUUGAAGUGGGCAAAAUUGGUAGUAUAAAGGCGAAAGGGUCGUAUUUGUAUUAUUCCGUCCCAAGACCUGAUCAUCAGGAGACGCUAGAUCUACAUCUCGAGGUAAGUCAAGCUUACAAAGAGGAUAAUUACUUUGGCUCAUUCACCCAAUUCCGAACCAUGCAAGAGUAUCUGGAAAAAUUCGACCAUGACCCGGUUUCAGUCGGUGAUCCUGUGGAAGAAAAAUACAGGCCGGGGAGGUCUGACCCCUUUGCGGUCAUCGUCACAAUGAAUGUUGAAGAUUCUCUCAUCCUCAUGUCUGAUGGAAUAUACGAUUUCGAUGCAGGGCUGGUCAUACCGGUUCCUCAGAUGCAAAUGAAUCUUAAGUCGGUGGAAUACUUCAUGGAACUAUCCCUUGACGUGACACCAACGUGCAUUACUGCCUCUCCCGAACUGAACAAUAUAUAUGCACAAGGAACCGGUCCCAAGGCGACCCCUUCGGACGUCAUUUUCAUUGAGGGUAUCGAGGUCAAAGCCAAUAGACUCUUUGGUCCCAAACCACUUGCUACAACUUAUCUAUGUCUUUGGGAGAUCGCGAUUCCGAAGAUUUCUGCUUUCCUGGGUCCCGAUCUGUUAGCCAAUCUGCAAUCUGCAGGAAGAAGCAUCGGAUACACGUUCCCUGAUAUCGAUAACAGUCCGGCUGACAUUUAUGUACCCAAAACGUACCCAGAUGUCACGUUCCUCAAGGUCAAGAUAGACGAGUUGAUCGGUCUGCUUACUGCUGAUCACAACGCCAUCUCAUUUGAAGCUUCGAAUGGCCUCUCGCUCGACACCAGUACUUUGGGAGCCCAUUGCUACAGCUCCAUGUUGGCUUUCGUGCUACCUACUCUCCGAUUCAACGUCCUGGAACGUGACGUGAAGAAAACCUGGCGUUCGGUUGCAGCUGUGAACGCCGACGCCAUCGUGGAUGUAUACAAAGCUCCUAAGGGAUGGAAGGGAGCCGUAGCUCGACAACAGGAAUUCUUAAGGCAGGAGGAUGCAGAGACUGGUAGAAUUUGGUACAUGUACCAAGAGGUGAAACCAAAUCAGGAAUACCAUAUAGAUGGUCUGUACGUUCCAUAUCCUAUGGACCAAGCAAUCGCAGACGACAAGUGGAUUGAAGAAGAAUCCGAUCGGUCUACCUUGACUUCUGAGGAUGCAAAAUAUGGUUCGUCCUCAGCUGAUUCAAGCGAAUCAGAAACACCUUACAAUGACUUCGACCGAAUGCGCCUAAGGAAAAGGAGAUCAAGAUCAUUCGCUACCGCUCGUGAAACACCUGACACGUCUUCUGCUGGUGACGAAUCGGACUCGAUGUCCAGUACUACAUCUGGUGGAGCGUCGGCUGCUUCCGGGGGAGACAAGGACUUGGGCGACAUGGCCUCUAUUAUGGCUGCAAAGUUACGCGGGUUCCGCUCUGCUCACACCAAAUACGAACCUCUUCCAGCUUCAUCCACAAAGCUCGGAUCAGAUGAGCGAGUCAAUUCUGCACCUCGCAGACCAGUCGAAGACGGAACUAUCGUUAGGAUAUCAGGUCAAGCAAUCAACUUAGACUUGACCCCACCGUCCGCACUUGUCGUAUCGAACAUUCUUACUGGGCUAUCCACGGGCAAAGAAGGGCAUGCGAAACGGCUGGAUGCUUUGCUCAUUGGCCAUCUUGAAGCAGCGGAGAGCGAGUCGACCAUCGUUGAUGCGAAGAUUCUGGAUGUACGAUUACCAACAAUCACCGUCAGGCUAUCAUCUGGGCAGAAACACGCAUCUUCUCUGUUCACUCAACUGACGGAUCUCAAUUGCAAUCUUUAUCACUACGCCCCACGGGGUAACACGUCGGUCCUGGAUGUUGCGUCUUCAAUAUCCUCCAUCACAGUGGUCGGCUCCACUUCAACUCUACCCGACAUCUCGAUAAAUGAUGUAUCCGAAGUCGACGAACUUUCCGGCGACGGCGUACCUUUAUUCAGGCUUGCCGUUCGAAACCUAGUGGUCGAUCUACAUAAAAGCCAAGGACUACGAUUACACAACAGAAUUUCGAAUACCUCACUGGAUAUGGUUACAGCUAGUAUCAAUACUAUGUCAUCUUUGAUCAGACCUUGGCAGCUAGCGAUACAAAACAUCUGCAGUAGUAAGCCGUCAGCCAAUGCAGACGCUAGAAUGUUGUACACAAUAAUGAAGAGGGUGGUCGAGAAUGGUUACGACACCUAUCUCCCAGCUUUUGCUUUCGAAAGAGCCUAUGGGCUGCACGUUCAGGAUUUUCGAAAUAUCCGAACUCAGACUGGAUGGUGGUUGUUGGCUCGAUUCCGCGAAUGGUCCAGAAGGAUGCCGGCGGAGCAGUCAGUGGAUGAUGACAUAUCUCUAGAACAGAUGGCGGACUAUGUUGUGGCACAGCUGUGCAAGGUAGAAGACACUGUGCAUGGAGCAGAACAUAUCAUUAGAGGACAGCAUUUCAUUCAAAGUGUCUUCGGUCCUGUAAUAAACACGGCACCGAACAAGAAAGAUCAAGCUAAAGCAAUGGACUUAUUUCUCUACUCCGAGAAUCUACGAAUCAAACAUCACGGCUAUUCCAUCAUUUCCAAAAUUGUCAAUACCAGCUACAUAAGCAUCAAGAAAGCCUCACUUGGUGGCUCCCAGAUCUUUGGGAAGGCGGAUGAUCGACCCGUAUCUCAAGUGCAAGCGAUCGCUGCUAUUGGCGAAAUCAGCACCCGAUUUCAUGACAGUAUGUUCCCCCUUUGUCGGGAUAUCUUAGAUGUCCUGCCACCUACAGCUUCGAAAGAGGCGCCUGUCGAUUCGUCUGCCAAAGAGGAAGGGUCGACUCUUGUCAUCAAUGGGCAAGUCGAUGUCAUAGAUAUUAACAUGAUGGGUGGUGAUUUAAGACUCCACUUUGGGAUGCAACAAUCGCAGCUUACCCAACUAGCUCGAGAAAGCUUUCACCAGCACAAUCAACCUCCCCACAAGUCCUCCAAAAUUUCUCUGAAUACCACAUGUAAUAUGAUUGAACUGUCCUUACAUCAGGUCGAUGAUCAGACAAAUUUAUCUGGAAACUCAAUGGACCGGGUCAUCCUCUUACUCAAAGCUGAAGGUCUGAAAGCUCUCCUCGAUAAUUAUCAAAGCAACCGCAAAUUAUCAGCACCAGAGGUCAAGGUUUUGCUUGGGUUGAAAAUGUUAGAUCUUGACUCUAGACCCCAAUUGAGAGCUUUCCAUGCUUUUGUGCAGGAAUGGAAAAAGAAAGAGCUUCCGUAA